CUCGCAAGUCACGUGACAACCCAAUUUUGUAACCACGCCUAUUCUUAAAUGGCGCUGUGUGACAGUAUUCGCUCGAUUCGCAAGUAAAUGGCUGAAGUUACAGUUAGAGUUGAUAGCAAUGGAGCAUUUGUUGCUGGUGACACUCUCCAGUGUCAACUUAUAUUCAGUAAUAAAGACACCAGUCCUCAGACUAUAGCCUGGGUUGGUGCGCAGAUUCAUUGUCAACGUCUAGUGAGAGAAUCCGUAUUGAAGUUGAAAGCCAGUGAACAAUUAUCGUCACCUAUUACAGAAACUGCUUUUUUUCCUAACAGAGGUGAACGUGGUAGCUCGAUAUUAUCAACACGCUCAACUGUGUUGCUGUGUAACGUCACCAUUAAUCCCUCAGAAACUAAAACAGUCUCCUAUACAGAAAUAAUACCAUUAGGUGGGCCACCUUCAUUUCAUGGUCAUAUUGUACGUUAUGUGUACAAAUUGGCUGUUGGUGUUCAGAAGCCUAACUGUCCAGCACAAAUAACAAGAUUACCAAUUAGAGUUAUACAGAUACCAGAUCACCUUAGACGUCCAUUACUAGCAUCACCUCAGAUUAGUAAUCCUUUUCUUGUUAGUGAAGAGUGUGAGUCAGCUAGUGAGUUAGGACUGGAAGCUAUUGCCUUGGAAUCUUGCAAACGAAGUACAGCUAGUUUCACAUUAACUGCUUCUGGAGAAUGCAUUGGACGUGUUGUUGUGCCCAGAACAUCUUAUCGUUUAGGUGAUGAAGUGACGGCCAUCUUUGAUUGCUCCCUCUCUGUUCAUCCUGUCCUUCAAGUCACUGCUUCAUUAGUGUAUAUUGAAACUAUCAAUAAGGAAUGUGUACUACCAUCAGUGACUCUAAAGCCAGUUGUUACUCAAGUGGCCCAACAAACUAAAUCAUGCACUAACAGUUUGAUAACGCAUUACUCACUACCUGUGCCACCAACUUUGGCACAGUCCUUCUCUGAUAGUACAGUUAAGCUCCACUGGGAAAUACAGUUUCAUUUAUUAAUUUCAAGAGGAUUAUGGACAAACACUCAUACUGUACAGCAGUCUCUUGGACCAGGUGGUGGAGUUGCUGAAUUAUGGUCGGGUCCCUCAUCACAGAACGUUGAUACUAUUGAUUGGUGCUUACCAGUUACUAUGCUGCCAACACUCUAUUCAGAAGAUCCAAUGCCUCAACAAACGUUGCAACUUUAAUUCAUUUUUGUAAUGAUAAUAAGUAUUCAUGAUAUUAAAAAUUGAAGGAGUGAUUCACUGAAAUGAAGAACAUACAUGUACAUGUACUUUAUUAGUGUAGAAAUAUUCUUAUAAAACAAAUAUUUAUUGUAAGUUAA